GCGGCGGCCGGGAGGGUGCGGGAGCCAGGUGUCCGGGCGGACGGUGACAUGGGCGAGAGAGAGAGAAAAAUAUUAGAGCUGAGGCAUCGGGCGGGCGGCGGCCUCGGCCCGGGGGCGGCGGCGGCGGCGGCGGCCCGCGAAGGAGACGGCGCUGGCGGCGACCACGAAGCCGAGAGCACCAGCGACAAGGAAACUGAUAUUGAUGAUAAAUAUGGAGAUUUAGAUUCCAGAACUGAUUCUGACAUUCCAGAAGUUCCACCAUCCUCAGACAGAACCCCUGAAGUGCUUAAGAAAGCUCUGUCUGGUUUAUCUGCAAGAUGGAAAAAUUGGUGGAUUCGUGGAAUUCUUACUCUGACUAUGAUUUCAUUAUUUUUCCUGAUCAUCUACAUGGGAUCAUUUAUGUUGAUGCUUCUUGUGUUGGGCAUCCAAGUGAAAUGCUUCCAUGAAAUUAUUACCAUAGGCUACAGAGUCUAUCGUUCUUAUGAGCUACCAUGGUUUAGAACACUAAGCUGGUAUUUUUUACUGUGUGUCAACUACUUUUUCUAUGGAGAGACUGUAGCAGAUUAUUUUGCUACAUUUGUUCAAAGAGAAGAGCAACUUCAGUUCCUUAUUCGCUACCAUCGAUUUAUAUCAUUUGCGCUAUAUCUGGCAGGUUUCUGCAUGUUUGUACUGAGCUUAGUGAAGAAACAUUAUCGUCUUCAGUUUUACAUGUUUGCAUGGACUCAUGUCACCUUGCUGAUAACUGUAACUCAGUCUCAUCUUGUCAUCCAAAAUCUGUUCGAAGGCAUGAUAUGGUUUCUUGUUCCAAUCUCAAGUGUUAUCUGCAAUGACAUUACAGCCUACCUUUUUGGAUUCUUCUUUGGGAGAACUCCCUUAAUUAAGCUAUCUCCUAAAAAGACUUGGGAAGGAUUCAUUGGAGGAUUCUUUUCCACAGUUAUUUUUGGAUUCAUUGCUGCCUACUUUUUAGCAAAGUACCAGUACUUUGUUUGUCCAGUAGAGUACAGAAGUGAAGUGAAUUCAUUUGUAACAGAGUGUGAACCAUCAGAACUUUUCCAGCUUCAGACUUACUCCGUUCCUCCCUUAUUGAAAGGAGUAUUGAGAUGGGAUACAGUAAGCUUGUAUCCAUUCCAGAUACAUAGCAUUGCACUUUCAACGUUUGCAUCUUUAAUUGGUCCGUUUGGAGGUUUUUUUGCUAGUGGAUUCAAAAGGGCUUUUAAAAUUAAGGAUUUUGCAAACACCAUUCCUGGACAUGGAGGAAUAAUGGACAGAUUUGACUGUCAGUAUUUGAUGGCAACUUUUGUGCACGUAUAUAUCACCAGUUUCAUAAGGGGUCCAAAUCCCAGCAAAGUACUUCAGCAACUAUUAGUGCUUCAGCCAGAGCAACAGCUAAAUAUCUACAAAACCCUGAAAUCUCAUCUCAUUGAGAAAGGACUCCUCCAGCCGGCCCUGAAGUUAUAGCUGGAUCCAUGAGGAACUUUAAGCAUAUCUAUAGAAAAGCACUGACAUAUUUUGCACCUGUCUAGAAAAAAAUGAUUUAAUAUGCAGUAAAUUGAGGUUUUAAAGUCAUGAAUGUUACUUCUCUAAAAUUACUGUGAAUAUUUAAUAAACAUUUGAUCCAAGUAUGAAAUAUGUAACAAAUUGCCUGCAAAAUAUCCUGUAUUUUUUCUAGUGUAUCUCAUGAUAUUGACAAGUCAUCCCAUUCCUUAUAUGCAGGGCUCCAAAAUAGAAGAUCUCAACAUACUCUCAAAUGUAUAAAUUAAGGAAAUAUUAAGGUUGUACCAGAUAUUUUCCUUGCCCAAGAAUUUGCCCAUACAAUUCAAAACAGCCUUUUUAGCUAAAGGUUUUAUAGUGGAGUAGAAAAUUAAUUUGGCCAUGUUUUAUUCUGAAAUAUUUUCUCAAGAAUAACUGUUACUAAUAAUGAAUAUAUUUAGAAUACGUCAAGAAAAUAAAAUCAUUUGUUAGGCAAAAAGAUAUUUUUUAAGAUGAGGGUAAGAUAAAGAGGUUAAUAUAUGUCCUAUCAGACAAAUGGCCAGCAUUUAACUCUUUCUAAUCAAAUUGUGUGUAAUGUUCUCUAAUCAGUGAGACUCAAGAAAAAUAUGAAAAACAUUCUAUUUUUCCUGAAGUGCCCACUGUCACAAAUACUCUUUUGGGGGAAAAUGGAUUUAGAACAAUCAUAGGACCUAAACAAAAAUCAGAGCUUAGCUAAUUGACCCUGGCAGAAUAUUUGCAGGACAAUUUAGGGCUGAAGUCCUUUUCCUUCCUCAACUAUAUUAAGUUUUUCAAAAAUACUGACUUCAUGCUGUGGCAUCAGAGAGGGCUGCUUCUGCACCAUUUACUUAGAUCAUGAUGCAUAUUUAAAGUAAAGAGGCUUCAGACCAAGAACAGAAAACCCAAGAAGGCCAAGCCUUGCUUUGGUGUACUGGAGACCUGACCCUAAUUACAAAUCAUGAAUGGAUCUAAAAAAAACUUAAGAUGUGGAAAAUCUCUCCCUAUUUAUUUAAUUUACUGUUUGGAGCUAACACUUCAAGAAAUUUAGUGCAGCUGGAUAAAAUCAUGUAGGGAAUGAAUAACAUGUAUAUGUAAAGAAUAAUAUACUAAUAACAGUAAAUAUUUUUGUUUACAUCAGGAUUAAAUUUCAAUCAUUUUUGAAAAUGUAAAGUAAGAAGUUAUGUUUAGCUUUAGGCAUUAUGUAAGUAUCUUGUAAAUAGCCUAAUCAUAUGCUUUCUGCUUCCUAGAAAGAAAUGGUUGAAUGGAGAGAAUUCUACUACUUAGUGCUACAUUCAUUAGGUUAUUAUUUAUUAUUAUUGAAUGAGUACAGUUGGCAAUAUUUUGUUGUGCUUUUCAGUAAAAAUCUAGAAAUGACAUUGAAAAUUCUUUGAUAACAAAAUAAGUUUCAGAAUUGGGCUGCUAGCCAUUUGUCUGAUUUUUCUCUAUUUGUCCCAUCAAUCACUAAUAGCAAAAAAGUAAAAGCACUUUGGGUAUAUGUAAACAUGCAUAUGUGUUAGACUUGAUAAAGUAUAUCUAUCUAUAUAUAUGUAUAUAUGUAUGUGUGUAUGUGUAUUAGGAAGCUUAUUAGGUAUGUUUUAAUUGGUUGUCUCAUACAUACAUGUGUGCAUAUUUGUAUAAAAAACUAAAUUGGGAAAAAUCUAAGAGGUCAUUAAAUAAUUGCUAGAUAUUAUGAAACAAUUAGAAGAGAAUCUAAGGAAGUAGAUAUCUUGUAAACAUUGAAAUGUAUUAUAAAAUAUAAAUCUAUAAUGGCCUUUUAGAGUUACAGCUAUAACUUCAAAUUGGGUGUACAUUCUAUAUGUAAAAACAGUCUUAAUUUUUAUUUCAACAGAGCUAUAAAGAUUUCACUUUUUUUAGAGUAAUUUUAUAGCAUGUAUCUUAAAAUAGAGUCUAUUUUAACAAAUGCAACCUACUCAAGUGGAUCAUUUUUAUAUUUACACUGUGAAGAAAUAAAUAUUUCAAGAUAUUAAUUGUGAUGGUAAGAACAAAGCCAGGAUCUUCCUUUAUAGCUAUAAUAAUGGGCAAUUAUUCUGAAUUUACUUUUUUUUUUUUUUUUAAUAUUCUAGUUAUUGGUUUCUGCUCUUAUGUUUGCUGGUUUGCUUUUUAAUCUGUGGAAGGCAGAAACCUUUUAUUUCCUCCUAAUGAUUUUUUUUCUCCUGUUGGUUCAUAGGUAUGUGUUUCCUAUUUAAGAAAGCAGUCAGUAGAAGGCAAAAAAGAAACAAAAACCCCUGCUUUUUCAUAGCUUCUUUUCAUUUACAUUUUGGUUUUUAUAAGGAUGUCAUCCCAUAUAGAAACAAUGUAGAUACUGUAUUCAGGUGCCAGUUUAUUACUUGUGUUCUAAUUGGUUGCCUAAAUCUUCCACUAAAGCUGGGUUGAGGGAGAAAUAAAAGUUAAAACUGCA